GGCCACUCUAGGCUGCGGGAGGCUCCAGAGGGCGCCUCACUGGGCGCGGGUAGGCCAUGGAGAGCGUGCGCAAAGCGGUGAUGGUGGGCAUCUUGCUGGGCGCGGGAGCUGGCGUUGGCUCCACGCUCUUUGUUCUGGUCACUCCAGGCGAGCAGCGGAAGCAAACGAUGCUGAAGGAGAUGCCGGAGCAGGACCCGAGGCACAGGAACGAGUUGACCAGGACCAAUCAGUUAGUGCUGGCUACUCUGCAGGAGGCAGCGGCCACGCAAGAAAACGUGGCCUGGAGGAAGAACUGGAUGGAGGACGGCGGGAGAUCGGCGUGAGCCGGAAGCUGUGCGGGUGGCGUUGAGACCCUGCUCAUACAAAGUGUGAGGCAGUCUUUAAAUCGCGCGAGCUCACUGGGGAGUCUUGCCUCGCGGGGGCCGGUGUAGCCGCCGCCGAGUAAGCAGCUACCCCCCAAACCCUGCACUGACUGUGCCUAAAUGCCCUCAUCUUGGAUCUGGGCAUCGGAUAUGGCGAACUGCAGGAACUAAUAAAAUCAUGUCCUUCCAUCUGGAGA